GGCAGUCGAUGAGAGCGAGAGCCAGAAAAGCAAGGGAAAAAGUUCUUGUAUUAGCUGGAUGUGUGCUGCAAACUUCGGUCGCAGGAUCAGUUGUUUGUUGGAUAAUUUCCGAAAUUUUCGGUUGAAAUCCGGAUCAAUCCGGGCUGAAUCGUGGUGAAAUCGGUGCGUGAAACCGUGGCGGAUGUGACUUGGGUGAAGUUCCCCGGAACUGCCGAAUGGUUCCUAGCGAAAACUGUGGAUUUUUGUGAGGCUCUGAGUGGUGUGUUGCAUUUGGUGGAAAUUUCGAAGGAUCGGACCAGGAUUGGAAAAUUCAUAUUAGUGGAAAAUAGCAGCUACUAGCCGUCUACGGCCUAAUUGGAGGACCGAAACGUUGUGGAUUAUACAUCGAUCAAGUGAAAAGUGAUUUCUUCGACAACGAUGAUGGAGAAGACUUCGGCACAAGAUGCCACAAAGGCUUGCAAGUGAAGUGUUUGUUUGUAAGAUUAUCGACAUCCGUUAAUGUCCGGUUUUCCGUGAGUAAUGUGGUAUACCAAGUGAAUGAAUACCUAGAAUCGAAAUUCGCUUAGAAAAUAAAAUUAGUGUAAGUGUAUCGGUGCGAGACCCCAGAAAAAUGUGGAACCUCGUAGCCGCCUGUAAAAUGCGGCGAUCGAGCAGUUCGGUCCAGGUCGAAAACCGGCCGAUCAUAACGCAACGCAGCCAUCGAUCUAAAUUAUUCAGUGUUUCAAUGUUAGUCAUCGUAGUAGUGCUAGUGUUUAAUCUUAAUGUUGUCUUAGUAUCGUGUAAGCACCAUCGCCAUCAUAGCUCGAGCAGCGAAGAAUUCAAGUUCGAUCCGGCGAACAACUUCAUAAGCAUAGUCCUGCCCCAUGAUACAUAUCCCGGCUACAGCAUUCAAAAGUUCACCGCGAACUUCACCAGUCCUAAUUCUCCAUUUUCGUCGAUCUCGACCUAUUCGUCGAAGCCACUCAACUAUCGGCUUCUGGAGACCGACUAUUCCAAAUAUUUCACCGUCCUGGACGACGGUAUGGUCAUGACGACCUCGGAUCUCUCCCCGCUAGUCAAUCGGCCGGUAAAACUGGUCGUCCUGGAGGAGACCCCGAAUUCCACUGCCACACACCAGCUACAGUUGUACAUUAUGAACCGUAAGGACAUGCUACACUUCCCCAGUACUCUCGGUGAAACGGUCGGUGAGUUACUCGAAAAUAAAAACGCCGGUACGCGAGUUCGUGAACUUCCGCUUCUACAGGCAAACUCCGCGCGCGGUGCCAAAUCGGUUAUUUACUCGAUCGCUAACGGGAACAACGGUCACGAGUUCGCACUGGAGGAUAGCAGCACCGGGGAGAUCCAUCGCACCGUUCGCAUUGACGACACCAGGAAGCACGGUGUUUGGCUCGUAUCCAAUAAACCUUUGGACCGCGAGGCCCAAGAUCAGUAUACGAUUGUGGUCGAAGCAACAGAUCCCAAGAAAAUCAACAAAGCUCAAGUUAAGUUACAAGUCAAAAUCCUCGACGCCAACGACAACCACCCUGUCUUCACUAAGCCAGACUACCGCUUUACGGUGAACGGUGUCAAAUCUACCAACAACUUCGGCAACGAGACAAUCUCUUGGGAACGAUUCACCCGUGUAGGAAAAGUAGAGGCCAAAGACGCCGACGGGGAUAAAGUGGCCUACCGUCUGAUGAACCCAAGCAACACCGUCGUAAUCGUGCCGCAAACUGGUGAACUUUUGCUGGCCGGCGAACCGGACAUGUCCGAGCUGUUCAUCGAUGUUGAAGCGCACGAUAUCCGUACUCCGAGCCUGAAAAGCGAAAAGCCAGCUCGGGUUCUCAUAGAAUUCGUUCCUCCGGAUCCGAUUCCGGUGGUGAUGCAGCACAUGGGACAUGAGUACCAGCACUCGCACCGUCGCGACAAGCGUCGGGUAACGCGAGCGGUAAGGCCUACCAAACGGAUUGAGUUUACUGAAGCCGACGGGGACACCGAGGGCAGGAAUGUGUUCCAGCUGGAGAAGGAAACCGAUAAGGAAACGUUCAAAAUUCGUGACGAAAAUCCGUGGGUAACGGUGGAAACGAACGGAGCCGUGCGGGUCAAGAAGAAGUGGGACUACGAGGAGCUGGGUCCGGAGAAGACCAUCGACUUCUGGGUGAUCAUCAGCAACCAGGGAAAUGGAGCCUCUUUGAAAUAUACUGACAACCAGCGUGUAAUUAUCCACGUCAAAGAUAUCAACGAUGAACCUCCGUACUUUAUCAAUCGGCCUCUGCCGAUGCAGGCCGUUGUUCAGCUCAACGCUCCGCCCAAUACGCCGGUUUUCACGCUGCAGGCUCGGGACCCGGACACCGAUCACAAAAUCCAUUAUUUCAUCGUACGGGAUCGAACCGGAGGACGAUUCGAAGUGGACGAAAGAUCCGGAGUCGUUCGCACUCGCGGAACCGAUCUGUUCCAGCUGGAUAUGGAAUAUGUGCUGUACGUGAAGGCGGAAGAUCAGAACGGUCGUGUAGAUGAUCGCCGUUACCAAAGCACACCGGAAGAACGACUGUCGAUCGUCGGUGGCAAAAGGGCUCCCCAGUUCUACAUGCCCAGUUACGAGGCGGAGAUUCCCGAGAAUCAGAAGAAAGACUCGGACAUCAUCUCAGUGAAAGCGAAAUCGUUUGCCGAUCGGGAAAUACGGUACACGUUGAAGGCACAGGGCCAAGGCGCAGGAACGUUCAACAUUGGGCCGACGUCCGGGAUAGUGAAGCUGGCCAAGGAGUUGGACUUUGAGGAUCUUCGACAGCCGCACGUGUACCAGCUGGUGGUGACGGCGACCGAGGAUUCCGGCGGUUUCUCCACUUCGGUCGAGCUCACAAUCCGGGUAACUGACGUCAACGACAAUGCUCCCAAGUUUGAGCUCCCUGACUAUCAAGCUCACAAUGUGGACGAAGAUAUCCCGCUGGGAACGAGCAUCCUGAAGGUGAAAGCCAUGGAUUCCGAUUCGGGAUCGAAUGCCGAAAUUGAGUACCUCGUAUCGGACGAGCACUUUGCCGUGGACUCCAACGGUAUCAUAGUGAACAAUAAGCAGCUGGAUGCCGAUAACAACAACGCCUAUUACGAAUUUGUCGUCACGGCGAAGGAUAAGGGUGAACCGGCCAAGACUGGCACUGCCACUGUCCGCGUCUACACCAAGAACAAAAACGACGAAGAGCCAAAGUUUUCGCAGCAAGUCUACACACCAAACGUGGAUGAAAACGCCGGACCGAACACCCUGGUCACUACGGUGGUAGCAUCGGAUAAGGACGGUGACAAUGUACGGUUCGGGUUUGUCGGUGGCGGCACCAGUAGCGGGCAGUUCGUGAUCGAAGAGAUCACCGGUGUCAUUCGGUUGCACAGCAAGGGCAUAUCGCUCGAUCGGGACAAAUAUGAGCUGAAUGUGACAGCUAUGGAUGAUGGGUCGUGUUGCAUCAACGGUGAGGCGACAAUUCAUACAUCUACAGCUGUCGUCGUGGUGUUCAUAACCGACGUUAACGAUAACAAGCCGGUGUUCAAGGACUGCGGGACGUACUAUCCCAAGGUGGAAGAAGGUGCCCCGAAUGGAAGCCCGGUCAUAAAGGUGCAAGCUACCGACGAGGACAAGGGCGUGAAUGGGCAGGUGAAAUACUCAAUCGUCCAGCAACCGAACCAGAAAGGAACAAAGUUCACCGUAGACGAAGAAACAGGCGAAGUCUCAACGAACAAGGUGUUUGACCGCGAAGGUGAUGAUGGCAAGUUUGUGUCCGUCACGGUGAAAGCAACCGAUCAGGGUGAACCCAGUUUGGAGGGUGUCUGUUCUUUCACGGUGGAAAUCACCGAUGUCAACGACAAUCCGCCGUUGUUUGACCGACAGAAAUACGUGGAAAAUGUCAAACAAGAUGCAAGCAUAGGCACAAACAUUCUGCGCGUUUCCGCCUCUGAUGAGGAUGCAGACAACAACGGUGCCAUUGUGUACACCCUGAGUGCACCGCACAGUCCGAACGAUUUGGAAUACUUUGAGAUACAACCGGAGUCAGGCUGGAUCGUGCUGAAGAAACCGCUUGACCGCGAAACGUACAAGCUGGAGGCGAUGGCCCAAGACAAGGGCUACCCACCGUUGUCACGAACGGUCGAGGUGCAGAUCGAUGUCGUCGAUCGGGCUAACAAUCCACCGGUUUGGGACAGCACAGUUUAUGGUCCGAUUUACGUGAAGGAAAAUAUGCCGGUCGGUGGAAAAGUCGUUUCCAUUAAAGCCAGCUCCGGAAUCGAGGGCAACCCAACGGUGUUAUCGGCUGAUGCCAGGCUCGACGGCCCAGACGAAUAAGCUGCACACGUUCUAUCUGCAGCAGCGGCCGGAAAACGGGGACACCUAUGCCGAUAUCAAGGUGAAUCAUCCGCUGGAUUUCGAGACGAUAAAGGAGUACAACCUGACGGUUCGCGUGGAGGUAAGUAG